GUAUCUAAAAUUGAGUAUGAAAUAAUUAAUAACCCCACAUCGGCGAUUGUUAUAGGUCGAUCAGGGACCGGAAAAACAACGUGUGUCGUGUUUAGACAGGUCGCUUCAUAUCUAGCGAAUCAACAUGACAAGGCUCCAUCUUUUCAUGAUAAUCAUGUCAAUUCUUCCAAAAGGCAGAUAUUCAUCACGGCAAGCUACAUACUGUGCCGUAGAGUAAAAGAAUACUUCAACAGUCUGCGUGAUUCAGCAGUACUUGCUAAGAAAAAGAUAACUAUGUCUGAAUUCAAUGAAUAUGCAAAGAAAAAAGAGGAGGAAGGUGGCGGCAUUGACGUAACAUAUAAUACGUUGCUCGAAGAAGGAGACGAGGAAUUGGAUCUAGGAAACAUCCCAAAUUCAUUUCGUCAAUUAAGGGAACAUCAUUUCCCACUAUUUAUUACCUACAAUAA